AUGGCUCCUAACUUUUUCUCCUCUGAUUUCUGCUGCAGAGGACCCUUCUUUACCGGACGCUACGCACUCCUACAGACCGGCGAAUGCAAACAAGACCUUCGACGUAUGGGCCUGCAAUCUGUGGGCUCAAUACUUAUCUGCGAGCGGUCCAACGGCGGAUACAUCAGCUGCCAGGUUCCCCCACGACCCUGGCGUCAGUAUAACACUGCCGGCGCCUUCCAACAAAAUCGAGUUGGCAGUGCUCGUGACGAGAGCACCUUUGUCUCGCUAGCCACUGGGGCACCAAAGUUAAAUAUCGAGGGCCCGCUGUCCUUGGAGCAGCUGCAGGCGGGGCAACUGAGAGGCUGA